AGGAACAACUCAGUUUCCCAAGAACCCCUGCGAUUUUAACGUAGUAGUGCGUCAACUCCCCAGUCCCCCCCCCCACCGUCACUGUUCUACAGAGGAAGAAAGGGGGAGACGGGCAGCCUAUACAGAACGCUUUCACACAAAUAUGAGCGGCAGCGGGCGGCCCAGGACCAGCUCAUUCGCUGAGCCUCCCGGAGCUCCCGGAUCCGCUGCAGCCGGUGCCGGAUCAGCAGUAGCCGGCGGAAGCUCGGCAGGAAAACCUGGGGCUUCACAAGCCAGUGGAAGCAGCUCGACGAGCAUUGGAAAUUUGAGACUGCCCAGAGACAGCGGCAAAGUGACGACGGUGGUAGCCACACCCGGCCAGGGGCCCGACCGUCCACAGGAAGUCUCCUACACAGACAUAAAGGUUAUAGGCAAUGGCUCCUUUGGAGUGGUGUACCAGGCUCGCCUCAUCGACAGCCAAGAGAUGGUGGCAAUUAAGAAAGUCCUUCAAGACAAGCGGUUUAAGAAUAGGGAGCUGCAAAUUAUGAGGAAAUUGGACCACUGCAACAUUGUGAGGCUACGUUACUUCUUCUACUCCAGUGGAGAGAAGAAAGAUGAGGUGUAUUUGAAUCUGGUGCUUGACUUUGUGCCCGAGACAGUGUACAGGGUGGCUCGGCACUUCAACAAGGCCAAGACCACUAUCCCUAUCAUCUAUGUCAAGGUGUACAUGUACCAGCUGUUCCGCAGUCUGGCUUAUAUCCAUUCCCAGGGCGUGUGUCACAGAGACAUCAAGCCACAAAACCUCCUGGUGGACCCAGAGACAGCCAUCCUCAAACUCUGUGACUUUGGCAGUGCUAAGCAGCUAGUUCGGGGAGAGCCAAAUGUGUCCUAUAUCUGCUCACGGUACUACCGUGCCCCAGAGCUCAUCUUUGGUGCCACCGACUACACGUCCAACAUCGACAUAUGGUCGGCCGGCUGUGUGCUGGCUGAGUUGCUGCUGGGCCAGCCCAUCUUCCCUGGGGACAGUGGUGUGGACCAGCUCGUAGAGAUCAUCAAGGUUCUGGGGACCCCAACAAGGGAGCAGAUCAGGGAGAUGAACCCUAACUACACAGAGUUCAAAUUUCCACAGAUCAAAGCGCAUCCUUGGACAAAGGUGUUUAAGCCACGUACCCCACCAGAGGCCAUAGCCCUCUGCUCCCGGCUGCUGGAAUAUACGCCGGUGACCAGGCUCUCUCCCUUGGAGGCGUGUGCGCACGCUUUCUUUGACGAGCUGCGCCAGCCCAACACCCGUCUGCCCAGCGGACGAGAACUGCCGCUUCUCUUCAACUUCAGUCCUGUUGAGCUGUCUAUCCAGCCUCAGUUGAACUCUACACUCAUUCCUCCUCACGCUCGUACACAGACAUUGCCUGCUUCACAUGAGGGCAGUGUGUCAGACAGUACCGCCCAGCCCAGCUCAGCACCUGGAUCCAUCAACAACAGCACCUGAACAUCCAUCCCACCGUCAUUCUGUUGUCUUUCCCAUAUUCCUCAUCAUCUCCUCUGCUGUUCUCCCUCUCAACCUUUCACCUGGCUCCAAACCAUUAAAAUAGACAAAGUAAUAACCACACACCUACAUAAAUACUGAGCAUUGCUAUUUACCAUGAACGAUAUCUAUUUCCAAUAGUAAGUGAUUCUGUGGCUGCCAGCUUGAGGAGGGUGUGGGUUGUUUUUAAGGACAUGUAGUAGUCUUGCUUGGGCUUAAUAUAAGCUGCAGCUUAUUUCAGUCCAUGGUGUACAUGUUAUGUGGAUUUGUUAUCUAUUAUAAUCUACAUCUGACUUGUACCUGUUUUAUGUUAAUCUUCUUUACAUUGGCUAGUUUUACGUGUGGCUGGGGAGUUAAAUCAGAUGGGGAUCGUGAUUGGUUAUAGGGCUGAGAAACAAGGCCAUGUGUGAGGCCUAACUAAUAUUGACAAUCAUAUUUAGUUGGGUAAAAAUUGACACACUUGUGUACAUAGUGUUUCCUCAUACAAACCACUGUGUAGAGUAGUGACCUUUCCGUCACUUCCUCUUCUCAUUUCUACUCAAGUGUUGUCAGUUCACCCACGUCAGUGGUCAACAGAAGCAAAGAGCCAUUUCAUUUUAAAUCUGACUUUGAUAUGUGACAGAACAUAUUGGCUGACUUUGUCCGUGUCAUUUUAGAUAAAAGGGUGGUUUUAAAUUUUAUUACACAGGAAGGCGCCAAAGCCCAGGUUUACAGUUUCUUUUUGAAAAUGUCUCCUUAACUGCCUAUUUUUUAAGAGUGAGAGGGAGCUUCAUCCAGGGAGAGUGCACGCAUAUUUAGUUCCUUCAGUAUAAGCUCAUAUUGUCAUUGGUUAGGAUGGAAACCAAGCAUUUCAGUUUGAUUCUGAGUGCGUAUUGCACAUGUAAAAAGGGAGCAGGGUCGGGUUUGAGGUGUGUGUGCGUCAGUCAACCUGACAGGGAGCCAUUGGUAUGGGGCUGUUUAACGCAGAAGCCUCUGUCUUAGAUGUCAGAUACUGCUACCUGGUAGCGUAGGGUGAACUCUCACCUCAUUAUGUCACUUUUAUGGUAUUAGGUUUCAUAUCUAUUUGAUUAUGUUAAAUAGACAGAUGAAAUUCAGUGCAGGUGGCUCAGAGAGACGUCUGGCCACUUUCAACUGGUUUGUCAUUAUCACUUCGCAGAAUUAUUAUUUGUGCAGAAUGACGUUGGGAACUUUGCUUUGUAUGGGAGAGUUGUUGAAACCCUCUCUGCACCUUUCCGAACGUUCUUUGUGACGCCUUGUGACGAUUCCUCUGUAGGAACCAAUGUCAGCGAUUCAGCCUAAUGGGCCACGAUCGGCAUGAACUAUUUCUUUCUUCCACCACACAGAUGUCCACAUUUAGCCUAAUUUGACCACAGUAGGUAACUUCCACUAAUGACAGUAAUCUGACCAGAAACAAUGCUCAAACCAUAGAAACCCAACAGCUUUUGGAGCCUCCCCUUCCAUUCCUUCCUGUCCUCAUUCCUCUGCCUUCUGCUUCCUUCUAUUCUCCUUUUUUUUCACAGCUAAACUGUAAAUAUCAAGUACCUUUUAUUUUAUUUUGUUAUUUUUGUUAUUAUUGUUCUUGUAAUUUUUUUCUUUAGUAGACCGGUGCAGCAGCAGCCGGACUGUUUAUCCUCAGUCACAGUCUGUAAAUACAAUUUCAUUUCAGUCCCUGGUUCAUGAGGGGAAACAGAACAAAAGGUUUCAUUUUUAUUCUCUCUCCCUCCAUUUCUCGCUUCAAAACUUCCCUUUUCUCCCAUAAAUGUUGUCAUGACUGUUUUAUUUAUUGUACUGUGUUUUUGGAGGGAGGGUGGGGGAAUCCUUUCCACUGGAGUGGUUAAAUUUGAGGGUUGUUUUUAAAUUUUCAAAUUUUAGCCUGGCAGCGUCACACAAAAUAAUUUCACAUCCGAGAUACUGUACUCAGAUCCAGACGAUGGACUUUGCUUUCCAAUCAGUGUGCAUGCAGGUACACAUGCUAGCCAACAGGUUUUUCCAUUUAACUUCAGUGUGAAGGGAAUGUUACAAGCUUCUGGAUCUAUGGAUGUUGUUUGGCGGGAGCAUGAAUCACCCUGUGCGUGCGUGCGUGCGUGUGUGUGUGUGUGUGUGUAUGUCUGGAAGAAAGGGGAAGAUGAAUCUGUCAGUACCAUCUCCUGUGUCCGACCGUCUCUCCUGUUUUCAUUUACUGUGCGUCGUCUGAGUCUUUGACUUGUUGACUGUGUAUUUUUCACAGAUACUUUGAGUUUUUUUUUUUUUGUUUUUUUUUUUUUAGCACAGCUGUCGAGAAUGUGCGUGUUUGUAUGUGUGCUGCCAGACCAGGGACAUUACUCUACUUUUUCCUAAAUGAAGAGGUGACUAUAUGUGCUCUUUUAAUGUUUUGUCCCAUCUUCUAAACUGUCACACUUUGUUUUUAAUUUGCUGUGACCUUGCUGUUUUAUCACCCUUAUCUGAGGAGAAAAUGUCAUCAUUGGGAACAGAACGGUUGGAUAAAGGAGAUGACAAGAGAGGGAUUGAGGGAGAGAGACCGUUUUUGUUUGUUGGUAUAAAUAAUUAAACUCAUUAAUAAAGUGAUGAAACUGU